AUGAAUACAAAUAGCUUCUUCAAUCAACCAGGAGCCAUCAGUAUACCCAACUCCAACUCCAAUUCAACUCUGUCUCAACCUAUAGAUAUUUCUGGUUAUCAAAGGUCGGGUUCUGUGUUUAACAAUAAUUUCAAUACAACUUCAAACCAACAAAAUCAACAAUCAUCAAAUCAACUUAAUCAACAAUCAUCAAACCAACUUCAAAAUCAACAGCAUAAUCAACAACAAGUACAAUCUACCCAAUCAAAUUCUCAUCAACAACAUCAUCAACCUCAGCAUAAUAAUAAUUAUUUGAGUACAAAUUCUAUCAACAUUAAUAAUCAUAAUAAUCAUAAAAAUUUCAGAAGAGAUUCUAUUGCUCACUCUCAAGGUGUUGGUGGUAUUAGUUGGGGUUCAGUAACGAUAGGAAGUUGGUUAAAGGAUGAAGUUUUAAUGCAUAAUAAUUUUAACCAAAAUUCAAAUAAUAAUCAAAUUUCAAUGUCUCCUCCAAUUCAAUCGGCUUAUUUACCUGAUUUAGAAGCUAAUUAUUGUAAAGAUUAUAGUUGUUGUGGUCAAUUAUUACCAACUUUACAUGAUUUAUUAAAACAUUAUGAAGAAUCUCAUAUAUCUCCAACUCCUCCAACUCAUCAACCAAAACCAAUUCAAAAUUUUGAAACUGUUUCUACAACUGAUGUUUUCAUAAAUUCAAAUAAUAAUGGUAAUAAUUUAAAUAACGUUCAUGAUCCAAAUAAUAAUAAUAACAACAAUAACAACCCUAAUAAUAAUAAUAAUUUUGGGUUUAAUCAAUCCCCUUUCCAACAACAACAACAAAAUUUACAACAUUUACGUCAACAAUUACAACCUCAAAAUUCUACUACAAAUGCAUUAAAUCAUCAUCAAAAUCAUCAUCAACAUCUUCAACAACAGCAUCUUCAACAACAACAUAAUAAUAAUAAUAAUUUACAUCAAAAUAAUAAUAACCAUAAUAAUCAUCCAAAUCUUCAACAAAAUAAUUUACAAAAUAUAAAUCAACAGAAUUCAAAUUAUCAAUUACAACAAAAUCUUCAUAAUAAUCAACAAGUUAAUUUAACAAAUUCACAAUUAAAUAAUCAAUCUUCACAACAUUCUGCUCCAUUCCCAAUUUCAUUAUCAAAUGAUGAUAGUGCAAUGGAUCUUGAUGAAGAAAUGGAUGAAGGUUAUAUAGAUGAUCCUUCAAGAAAUCUUUAUGUUGCUCAAGGAAAUGAAAAACCAUUUACUUGUCCAGUUAUUGGUUGUAAUAAAACCUAUAAAAAUCAAAAUGGUUUAAAAUAUCAUAGAUUACAUGGUCAUCAAAAUCAAAAAUUACAUAUGAAUCCAGAUGGUACUUAUAGUGUUAUUGAUCCAAAUGAUGGUAAUGGAAUGGAACAAGAUAAACCAUAUAGAUGUGAAGUUUGUGGUAAACGUUAUAAAAACUUAAAUGGUUUAAAAUAUCAUCGUGGUCAUUCAACUCAUUAA